CCACUUGAUCAAGAUGUAAGAUAAACACAAAUCCACCAUAAACACUCACUUCAAAUCUAGCGUACUAGGCGGGCCUUAUCUUUUCGUCUGCUUUUAAAUAGUCCAGCAUCUCUACGAAGUUUCCAUACACCAAAAAAUCAAUCUUCUGGGAAAAUAGUGGGGCUAUGGGUUUCCUUAGGAUGCUUAUGCAAGUCAUCUGGGUUGGUGUGAUAUUAUCCGCAACAAUGGCAGCCGCAGCAAAAGCGUUUCCAAUAGCCCUGCCUAAAUGCCCCGACAUAUGUGGAAAUGUUAAAAUUCCAUAUCCAUAUGGCACAACUAAAGGUUGUUACCUCAAUGACACUGCUAUUUUUGGGUAUUAUUUUAUCAAUUGUACUACCAACGCGUACGGCCAACCUCAACCAAUGAUUGGAGACUUUAACGUUUCAAGCAUUUCCAUGGAAGAAGGUGAGAUUGAGGUCCAGAUGUAUAACUCUCUUGACUGUUACGACAAGUCAGGCUCGCUUCUGAGAAAUAACUCACCAUCACUCACCCUUCCCAGUUUCACAGUUUCCGCCACAAAAAACAAGUUCGUGGCAGUUGGCUGUGACACUUACGCAUACCUUAAUGGUAUUCUGAACGGUCAAAACUUCUCCGUGGGCUGCCUGUCCAAAUGUCAAACCAUAGACAAUGUCGUCAAUGGGACGUGUUCUGGAAUUGGGUGUUGCGAGGUGCAAAUUCCUGAAGGAAUGAAAGAAGUUAAAUUUACAGCAUACAGCUUUAAGAAUAACCACACAAAAGUCUGGGAUUUCAAUCCAUGCAGCUACGCUUUUAUUAUCCGAGAAGACAAGUUCAAAUUCUCUUCAGAUUAUCUUAUUGGUCUACAAUACAACGAAACCUUUCCCAUGGUUCUUGAUUGGGCAAUUGGUAAUGAGAUGUGUGAAGUUGCUCAUAACAAAGCGAAUUACCUAUGUGGAGCGAAUACCACAUGUUCUAAUCUCAAAAACCAAGUUGGGUAUCGUUGCAAGUGCAAGGACGGUUACGAAGGGAACCCAUACCUCAGUUGCCAAGACAUUAACGAGUGUGAAGCUAAAGAGCUUAAUAACUGCACAAGUUAUCAAUAUUGUGUCAAUGAACUCGGAAGUUAUAAUUGUUCGUGCAUGGAAGGGUACCAUUCGUAUGGGAAGGCAUGUGUCCCUGAUCAAUUUGCUUCUAAUGAAUCAUCACUAUCAAUUAAACUCACAGUUGGUAAGUAUAUUUAUUUGAAAGUAAUGAUUAUAACACACUCAUCAUUGCAUACUCAUUAUAUACACAAUGCCAUGAGUGUGUACAGAAUGUGUAUCGGUCUUGGUCUUUUAGUCUUGCUUGUGGGAGGUUCUUGGAUAUAUUGGGGCUUGAAAAAAAGAAAGCUUAUCCAGCUAAAAGAAAAAUUCUUCCAACAAAACGGUGGCAUACUAUUGCAACAGAAACUAUCUAAUUAUCAAGGUUCUGUGGAGACGGCCAAAAUUUAUAGUGCAGAAGAGCUUGAAAAGGCCACCAACAACUAUAAUGAGAGCAGAGUCCUAGGACAAGGAGGUUAUGGUACAGUUUAUAGAGGAAUAUUACCAGAUAACAAAGAGAUUGCUAUUAAGAAGUCCAAAAUUGGUAGUCAACGUCAGGUUGAACAAUUCAUAAAUGAGUUCACUGUGCUUACUCAAACCAUCCAUCGGAAUGUUGUUAAGCUAUUAGGUUGUUGUUUGGAAACAGAAGUACCUUUACUAGUUUAUGAAUUCAUCACAAAUGGGACUCUUUCUGACCACAUUCAUGAUAAAGGUCGGUCAUUCUUCCUUUCAUGGGAAAAGCGUUUGAAAAUUGCAGCAGAAACUGCAGGAGCACUUGCAUACUUGCAUUCUGCAACUUCUGUGCCGAUCAUACAUAGAGAUGUUAAAACUGCAAAUAUAUUAUUAGAUGAUAACUUCACAGCUAAAGUGUCUGACUUUGGAGCUUCCAGGUUGAUUCCUCAUGAUCAAACAGAAUUAAACACAUUGGUGCAAGGAACUUUUGGGUACAUGGACCCAGAAUACUUCCAUACUAGUCAACUAACAGAAAAAAGUGAUGUUUAUAGCUUUGGUGUUGUUUUGGCAGAGCUUUUGACCGGUAGGAUGGCACUUUCUUUCAAUAUGCCUGAAAGUGACAGAAAUCUAGCAAAGUACUUUGUUUCUGCAGUAAAUGAUGAUCGCCUAUUUCAAAUUCUUGAGGAUCACAUUGUCAAUGAAGGUAAUAUUAAGCUACUAAAGGAAGUUGCUAAUAUUGCAAAAAGUUGCUUAAGUCUGAAAGGCGAGGAUAGACCUUCUAUGAAGGAAGUGGCAAUGGAAUUGGAGGGCUUGGUUAUCAUGGAAAAACAUCCUUGGGGAAAUGCUAAUGUCAAUAUAGAAGAGAUUGAGAACUUGCUCAAUGCACCUACACAAUCAUUCAACAUUGAUAUUGGCACAAAUUGUUCCAACAAUACAACUACAGGGUAUGAUAGCAUGAUAAACCAAGUAUUGAAACCACUGGAUGGCGGAAGAUAAUUGGUUAGUCCACCAUAGUAUAAUUGCAUCAAUUGAGACUAAAUUAUUGAUAUAUCUAUUAUUUAGCUACAAUCAUUUUAAGACUAAAGGAUAGAAUUGGAGGUGCAAUUGAACUUAUGUAUGACAUUAUAUAUUUGAAUAUGUAGAUUGGCUCGUUUUGUGUAUGACAUUAUACACAUGUUGUAGAACAGAUAAAAUUUUGG